AAAUCGAAACCCAUCAGUAGAAUAAAGGCGUAACUUGUAGGCUAAAAGUCUUCAAUUUUUGCAUCACAGUCUAGAGCACACUUCCUGCAGCUCAGCAAACCUGCACAGUUCAGUUUGGGACCAUGGCUUUCACUCAGCAGACACCUUUCUAUAACCCAUCAAUCCCCUUCACCGGAUCCAUCCAUGGCGGUCUGCAGGAGGGGAAGAUGAUCAACGUCAGUGGACGGGUCUUGCCAGGAGCCGAUCGGUUCCAUGUGAAUUUACAAUGUGGCUCCAGGACCAAUGCGGACAUUGCUCUCCACAUUAACCCACGGUAUGAAGGUAGCUGUAAUUAUGUGGUCACCAACACCUUAAUGAAUGGCAGCUGGGGCUCUGAAGAGAGGAAGUACGACUCUCCUUUCCCUGCUGGCUCUACCUUCAACCUGCUCAUCACAGUCUCCCGGGAUUUCUUCCAGCUGAGUGUCAACGGCUCCCACUUUAUGGAUUACAGACAUCGUAUUCAGUUUCAACAGGUGGACACCAUCUCAGUAGCUGGGAAAGUAGAAAUUGCUUCCAUUGCCUUCCAGAACCCUGUGAUGGCAUUUCCUGGUCAGCCUGCAUUUGCUUCACAAGUAGCCUUUCCACCUCAGGCUGGUUUCCCAGCUUUUCCGGCAUUUCCACCUCAGCCUGGAUUCCCGGCACAGCCUGGGUUUCCUCCUGCAGCCCCUGCUGUUCCAUACAAGAGCAUCAUCAGUGGUGGACUCCAACCUGGCAGGACCAUGACUAUCCAGGGGACGGUUCACCCCAACGCCACAAGGUUCAAUGUGAAUCUUUGCCAUAACUCUGGCAUCGCUCUGCAUUACAAUCCACGUUUCAACGAGAACACUGUGGUUCGAAACACCAAGCAGAUGGCGCAGUGGGGCACCGAGGAGCGUGACGGAGGGAUGCCCUUCUACCGGGGACAGCCUUUCACGUUGACCAUCUGCUGUGAGAGUCACUCCUUCAGGAUGGUGGUCAAUGGGAUGCAGGCACACUCCUACAGGCACCGUUUCACUCACCUCCAACACAUCACCUCCCUGGAGAUCGACGGCGACAUCAGCCUGACCUCUGUGAUAGCUUAGAGAUGUGUGACUGACAUUUUACACACUGUCACCACAAAAGCAGUUAUUGCAUUUAUCAGUUAAUUCAUUCUAAAUGAUUACUUUGGGUGUUUACUGGACAUUGUGUAUUUGCCUCCUACAUAAUUCAAACUACAAAUAAUCAUUCUCAUUUUUAUAUUAUUACAUGCUAUAGUUUUCUUGAACACAUUGGUUCUUAAAAUAAAAAAAAAAAAAAAUCGCCAGCAGUUUAUAAAU